UGGAUAGAUCCCACAAUGGAAGACGGGAAGCCCGUUUGGGCUCCACACCCAACUGAUGGGUUUCAGAUGGGGAUCAUUGUGGACAUCGGCCCUGACAAUUUAACUAUUGAACCUUUGAAUCAGAAAGGCAAGACUUUCCAGGCUGCUAUCAAUCAAGUGUUUCCUGCAGAGGAGGAUAGUAAGAAGGAUGUGGAAGAUAAUUGUUCCCUGAUGUAUUUAAAUGAAGCCACUCUCCUUCACAAUAUCAAAGUUCGGUACAGUAAAGACAGAAUUUAUACCUAUGUAGCCAACAUCCUUAUUGCAGUGAAUCCAUACUUUGAUAUACCGAAGUUCUAUUCUUCAGAUACUAUUAAAAAGUACCAGGGUAGAUCACUGGGAACAUUGCCACCACAUGUUUUUGCAAUUGCUGAUAAAGCAUUCCGUGACAUGAAAGUGCUUAAGAUGAGUCAAUCCAUCAUAGUCUCUGGAGAAUCAGGAGCUGGCAAGACAGAAAACACUAAAUUUGUUUUGAGGUAUUUGACAGAAUCCUAUGGAAGUGGCCAAGAUAUUGAUGAUAGAAUUGUGGAAGCAAAUCCCCUAUUAGAAGCUUUUGGAAAUGCAAAGACUGUUCGCAACAACAACAGCAGUCGUUUUGGAAAAUUUGUUGAAAUUCACUUCAAUGAAAAGAACUCGGUGGUUGGUGGAUUUGUGUCGCACUACCUUCUGGAGAAAUCUAGGAUCUGUGUGCAAGGCAAAGAAGAGAGGAAUUAUCAUAUCUUUUACAGGCUUUGUGCUGGUGCUCCAGAAGAUAUUAGGGAAAAGCUAUAUCUAAGCUCUCCUGACAACUUUAGGUAUUUAAAUCGAGGCUGUACCAGAUUCUUCGCUAACAAAGAAACAGACAAGCAGAUUUUGCAAAAUCGCAAGAGUCCUGAGGAAGAUGAGUAUCUUAAAGAAGGUUCCUUGAAAGAUCCACUGUUAGAUGAUCAUGGAGAUUUCAACAGAAUGUGCACAGCAAUGAAAAAGAUUGGACUGGAUGAUGAAGAAAAACUUGACCUUUUUAGAGUAGUGGCUGGUGUCCUUCACCUUGGAAAUAUUGAUUUUGAGGAAGCUGGGAGUACUUCAGGGGGCUGCACGCCGCGCGCGCGGAGCCAGGCGGCGCUGGAGCGCUGCGCGGCCCUGCUGGGCCUGGACGAGGACGAUCUGCGCGGGAGCCUCACCUCGCGCGUCAUGCUCACCACGGCAGGGGGCGCCAAGGGCACGGUCAUCAAGGUACCCUUGAAAGUGGAACAAGCAAACAAUGCUCGUGAUGCCUUGGCUAAAACUGUGUAUAGUCAUCUGUUUGAUCAUGUAGUGAAAAGGGUAAACCAGUGUUUUCCAUUUGAAACUUCUUCUUUCUUCAUUGGAGUUCUAGAUAUAGCUGGUUUUGAGUACUUUGAACACAACAGUUUUGAACAAUUCUGUAUAAACUACUGUAAUGAAAAACUUCAGCAAUUUUUUAAUGAAAGAAUUCUAAAAGAGGAACAAGAACUUUACCAGAAAGAAGGCCUGGGGGUUAAUGAAGUUCGUUAUGUAGAUAAUCAGGACUGUAUAGAUUUGAUUGAAGCAAAAUUAGUAGGUGUACUGGAUAUUUUGGAUGAAGAAAACCGUCUUCCUCAACCAAGUGACCAGCAUUUUACUUCAGUUGUGCAUCAAAAACACAAGGACCAUUUCAGGCUCUCAAUUCCUAGAAAGUCUAAAUUGGCCGUUCACAGAAAUAUCAGAGAUGAUGAAGGCUUUAUUAUCCGACACUUCGCUGGAGCAGUAUGCUACGAGACGAUGCAAUUUGUGGAAAAAAACAACGAUGCUUUGCACAUGUCCCUUCAAUCUCUUAUAUGUGAAUCCAAGGACAAGUUUGUUCGACAGUUGUUUGAAGCCAACACUAACAACAACAAGGAUCCCAAACAAAAAGCUGGGAAACUCAGUUUCAUCAGUGUGGGUAACAAAUUCAAGACUCAGUUAAAUUUGCUUCUUGAGAAGCUUCAUAGUACUGGGUCGAGCUUUAUUCGCUGUAUCAAACCUAAUCUAAAGAUGACAAGUCACCAUUUUGAAGGAGGACAGAUCCUCUCUCAGCUUCAAUGUUCAGGGAUGGUGUCAGUUCUGGAUUUGAUGCAAGGUGGUUUCCCGUCACGAGCUUCAUUUCAUGAGCUAUACAAUAUGUACAAGAAAUAUUUGCCUGAAAAAUUGGCUCGACUGGACCCUAGGCUUUUUUGCAAAGCCCUAUUUAAAGCCCUGGGACUGAAUGAAAAUGAUUACAAAUUUGGACUAACCAAGGUGUUUUUUAGACCUGGCAAGUUUGCAGAAUUUGAUCAGAUAAUGAAGUCUGAUCCGGAUCACUUAGCAGAGCUGGUUAAACGAGUGAAUCGCUGGCUUAUCUGCAGUCGUUGGAAAAAAGUUCAGUGGUGUUCUCUCUCGGUGAUUAAAUUGAAAAACAAGAUAAAAUAUCGAGCCAGUGCCUGCAUUAAAAUCCAAAAGACUAUUCGUAUGUGGCUUUGUAGGAGAAAGCACAAACCACGCAUUGAUGGCUUGAUAAAAGUGCGUACACUGAAGAAGAGACUUGAUAAAUUUAAUGAGGUAGUAAGUGCUCUGAAGGAGGGGAAAGCAGAGACAAGCAAGCAGGUCAAGGAGCUGGAGGAUUCUAUUGAUGCUUUAAUGACCAAAAUUAAGACCACUAUAAUGACUAGAGAACAGAUACAGAAAGAAUAUGAUGCCUUAGUAAAAAGCUCAGAGCAGCUUCUGAGUGCGCUGCAAAAGAAAAAGCAGCAAGAGGAUGAAGCAGAGAGGCUACGACGCAUCCAGGAAGAAAUGGAAAGAGAAAGAAAGAGACGUGAGGAGGAAGACCAAAAACGGAGGAAGGAAGAAGAGGAAAGACGCCUGAAAUCUGAGAUGGAGGCAAAGAGAAAACAAGAAGAGGAAGAGAGAAAAAAGAGGGAAGAGGAAGAAAAGCGUAUUCAGGCUGAAAUUGAGGCUCAGCUAGCUCGAGAACGAGAGGAGGAAAGCCAGCACCAGGCAGUGCUUGAACAGGAACGUCGUGACCAUGAGCUUGCAAUGAGAAUUGCCCAGAGCGAAGCAGAACUCAUCAGUGAUGAAGCUCAGCUCGAUUUAGGUUUGCGCAGAGCCAAUGGAACAAAGCCACAAAUGACUGCGGAACAAAUGGCCACAGAAAUGUCAGAAAUAUUGUCUAGGGGUCCUGCAGUGCAAGCCACAAAAGCUGCUGCUGGUACUAAGAAGCAUGAUCUCAGUAAGUGGAAAUAUGCAGAGCUUCGUGAUACAAUCAACACGUCCUGUGAUAUUGAACUCUUGGCUGCUUGCAGAGAAGAGUUCCACCGAAGGCUAAAGGUAUAUCAUGCUUGGAAGUCCAAGAAUAAGAAACGCAAUGCAGAAACAGAACAGCGUGCUCCCAAAUCAGUCACAGACUAUGAUUUUGCACCAUUUAUGAGCAACUCAACACAACAGAACCCCACAGCCCAGCUACCUGGCAGACAGCAAGAGAUUGAAAUAAACAGACAGCAGCGCUAUUUCCGCAUUCCCUUCAUCCGCCCCGCAGACCAGUACAAAGACCCCCAGAACAAGAAGAAGGGUUGGUGGUAUGCACACUUUGAUGGGCCCUGGAUUGCUCGGCAGAUGGAGCUUCACCCUGACAAAGCACCCAUUCUGCUUGUAGCGGGUAAGGAUGAUAUGGAUAUGUGUGAGCUUAAUCUUGAGGAGACUGGCUUAACCCGAAAGCGAGGUGCUGAAAUUUUACCGAGGCAGUUUGAAGAAAUUUGGGAGCGCUGUGGAGGCAUCCAGUAUCUCCAGAAUGCAAUUGCAAGCCGACAAGCUCGCCCUACCUACGCUACGGCGAUGCUGCAGAACCUGUUGAAAUAA